AUGGGAUCGUUGAAUCCACCGGAACUUACCUUGAAUUGCAGCCUCUCGUCGGAAUACUGGGUUCCGAAAUCGACCGGAGAGUUUCUUGUCGAGGUCUCCAGGACCCAGAGCGUGUCCGAGAAGGUUUCCAAGCUUGAAGAUUACGUUAAUCGGUUGCAGGAGGAGAUGAAGAAGAUCGACGCGUUUAAGAGGGCGCUGCCUCUUUGUAUGCUCCUCCUCACCGAUGUCAUAGCGACAGUGAAGAAAGAGCUAAUCCAGUGCAAGAGCUCGAUCGGUAAGCCGGUUAUUGAAGAAUUUAUACCGUUAAAGGAAAAUAACACCGAUGAAAAGGAUGAGAGGGGUGAGGGGAAGGACAAAAUGAAUUGGAUGAGCUCUGUUCAGUUAUGGAACUCCGAUGGUAAUCACAACAGUAGGGAUAAUUUCAUCAACAAUAAAAAAAGAAAGGAGGAAGUGAUUAGUCGACCAUUGUUGGACGAUUUGUUUCCAAAUGGUAAAAAUCGGAAAAUCGAAAGGGGGUUUGAGCCUCCGAAGGGAUGCAAUGUUUUUCCGGUGAUGAAUUUAGGCAAAGAAACAAUUAACGAGCUGUCGGGAGUAACAGAGCUUUCACUUCGUACUCCUGAAAUCAAGAGCUCAAAGGAAGAGAUUUCACCGGUUAGUUUUGGCCCGAAAUCUAGUUGUAACAGAUCAGGUUCUUCGUCUGCAUCCAAUGGUAAGGAACAAACUAAUAGGAAGCAAAGGAGAUGCUGGUCAGCCGAAUUGCAUCGCCGGUUUGUUUGUGCUCUGCAACAACUCGGAGGUCCUCAAGCUGCCACCCCGAAGCAGAUCAGAGAGCUUAUGCAAGUUGAUGGUCUCACAAACGAUGAAGUCAAGAGUCAUUUGCAAAAAUACCGCCUUCACACAAGACGAGUGACCCUAUCGGCAAACCCGUCGCCCGGCAUUGAGCUGGGAGGUCUGUGGACAUCUCAUGAACACUGCGGUGAGCCCUCAAAGGCCAGUAAUUCCCAAUCGAGCUCGCCUCAGGGCCCGUUUACUUCAACAACCGGUACUGAUAGCAUGGAAGAUGAGGAGGAUGAAAAAUGGGAGAGCCAUAGCUGGAAGAGUCAUAAUCAAAUAUCCAAGAAAGUUGUCGUAUAG